AGGGACCAAGACUUGCAGCCAGUGACACAGAGGCCCCUUCUCAAGACUAGUCACAGAGGCCUAAAAUCUACAAAGAAACUUCCAAAUAGACCCCAUCACUAGGCCAUUGAAGAUGGAUGGGCCUGUCUGUCUGAUUGAGAACACAAAUGAAGGUGCGCUGCAGGUGAACCAGGAGGCCCUGAACAUCUUGAGCUCCAUCAAGCAGCCUGUGGUGGUGGUGGCCAUUGUGGGCAUGUACCGCACGGGCAAGUCUUACCUGAUGAACAGACUGGCUGGGAAGCGCACAGGGUUCUCCCUGGGCUCCACUGUCCAGUCUGAGACAAAGGGCAUCUGGAUGUGGUGUGUGCCUCACCCCUGCAGAGAAAACCACACACUGGUCCUGCUGGACACUGAGGGACUGGGGGAUGUGGAGAAGGGAGAUAAGAGGAAUGACACUUGGAUCUUUGCACUGGCCGUCCUCCUGAGCAGCACCUUGGUCUACAACAGCAUGGGCACCAUCAACAAUGAAGCACUGAUGAGUCUGCACUAUGUGACGGAGCUGACAGAGCACAUCAAGGUGAAGUCCAGCGGGGAGAAAGAUGAAGAGCCGUCCUCUGAGUACAUGCACUUCUUCCCCUCCUUUGUGUGGACCCUGAGAGACUUCACGCUGGAGCUGGAGCUGAACGGGAGGACCAUCACAGCUGAUGAGUACCUGGAGAACGCUCUCAAGACGAAAGCAGGUAAACCUUCACAGACGGGUCUCCGCGAUGACCCCCGGGACUGCAUCUGCCAGUUCUUCCCCACGCGGAAGUGCUUCGUGUUCGACCGGCCUGUCGCCAAGAGCAAACUGAAGAUCAUCGAUCAGCUCCUUGACACGGAUCUGGACCCCGACUUUAUCCAGCAGGCGACGGACUUCUGCAGCUACAUCAUCAGCCACUCAAGUGAGAAGGUCAUCGCAGGGGGGCUCGCUGUCACUGGAAGCAUGCUGGGCAACCUGGCGGUGACGUAUGUGGAUGCCAUUCGGAGUGGGCGGAUUCCAUGCCUGGAGAACGCAGUGCUCACACUGUCUCAGAUCAAGAACUCUGCUGCAGUUGAGAAGUCACACGCCCUCUACAGGCAGCUGCUGGGAGAGCGGGUGAAGCUGCCCACUGCCACAGAGGAGGAGCUCUCCAGUGCUCAUGAGGGCUGCCUGAAGGAGGCGCUGCAGCUGUUCAUGAACAGUUCCUUCAAAGAUGAGAACCAUGUCUACCAGAAUAAACUCAUGGAGUAUGUUAAAAAAGACUAUGAGAGAAAGUGUCAAGAGGUGUCAGAGACUCGCUGUACUGCUCUGCUGCAGCAGCUGUGGGCCACUCUGGAUCUGCAGUCCUACACGAGACCAGGAGGAUAUGCUGACUACAGAGUCCAGCUGGACUCCAUCAUUCAGCAGUACAGAGACACACUUGGCAAAGGCACACAGGCCGAACAUAUCCUGGAGGCAUUCCUUCAGGAGAAGGACGACCAAGGAACAAGCAUUCUGACAAUUGACAGAAAUCUGACCGAGCAGGAGGAUCGUUUACGGGAGGAGAGAGCUCGGGCUGAAAUGGAGAAGCAGAAAGCAGAGAUGGCUCGGCGGGAACAGGAGGCCACAGCUCAAAGGCUGGCAGAGAUGGAGCGCGCCCACCAAGAAAAGGAAAGGCUGCUGAAGGAGAAAAUGGAGAGAGACCGGAUAGCGGCCCAAGAGGAACAUGAAAGACAAGUGCAGAGGAACCUGGAGGAGCAGAGAGCCAGGAUAGAGAGAGAGCUUCAGGAGAGGGAGAGAGCAAAGCAGCUUCAAAUCGAACAGUUACACGCCAUUCUGGGAAAUCAUAGCGGAGGUGGAGGGGGAGGGGGAGAUUGUGUGCUCUUUUGAAUAUGGAGAAAAAUUAGGUGCUGCCCUGAAAUUUUGUUAUGAAGGGCGAGACGAUGUUGAGUUGAAGGUUGGUG